CGUAUUUUUCAUCGCCUUGUCAACCUUUGAACUAGUUGUUUAUGUAUUUGCUAUAUAUGUGACAUGAUCAACAUAUAUUCAAAGUUAGAUCAUAAUAUAGUUAUGUGAAGUAGCCUACAUGGUCUUUUCAAUAUAAUUUCAGACAUGUAUUUAGUCUAUGAGAGGAGAGGGCAAACAAAGCACCCCUUGCAGUAGUAAUUCUAAUAUUGGCACAAAGGGCAGCUGACAGGCUGACUACUGUAAUUUUAGCGCACCCUGAUGCAGGGGAAUGAGUGAUAGAUUUAAUGGGCAUUGGUUGGCAGGCACCCCUCCUUGGCGCACGGGAAGUGGGAGAGCGAGUGGAGAGAGUGAGGGGGGGAGAGAGUGAGGGGUGUUGAAGGAGAAGCCAGUAGGCAAGCGAGAGUCAGAGAGAGUGAGUGUGGAGUCCUUUUGCUGUGCCUCCUCUGUAAACCCGAGUUAGAGAGAGAGGGUGCUGUAUUUACAGCAGCAUGAGUCUUAUCACGUUUGGGCUGUAUCUUCCAUUAUUGUUUUGUUAUGUCCUGUCUCAGUCCUCCUUCCUGGACAAUAUUUUUUCAUUCCCAGCAGCCCUCCAACAGCAAUCUUCCCCGGACAAGCAGAGGAAAUGUUGUUUACUGGGUCCGCCCCCACCCCCCAUGAUCCCUCCACCCCCCUCGCUGUGGCGACGUAGUCAUAAUGAAGAGCACAGUAAUGGAGGCGAUACAGACACAGAGCACUGGACAGAGAUGGAGACAGAUCUGGAUGUCCCCAGAUGUGUCCCAGGCCCCCCUGGCUCCAAUGGACCCCCAGGCCCUCAGGGUCCACCUGGUUUACCAGGGAUGAAGGGAGCGCAAGGGGAAAAGGGAGAACUGGGGCGACCUGGACAAAAGGGUCGGGCGGGGCCUCCUGGUCUCCCAGGGUUAAAGGGAACAGCUGGGUGGCCAGGACCAAAUGGGCCCAAAGGGGAGAAGGGAGAUGCUGGAUUGAUGGGAUUACCAGGUGCAAGAGGACCACUUGGACCUAAGGGUUUGCCUGGAUACAAAGGUGAAAAGGGUUCGCGUGGCGAUCGUGGCGAGGCGGGGAUUAAAGGAGACAAGGGCACAAUGGGUUUCCCUGGAAUGCUUGGACAGAAAGGAGAAAUGGGUCCAAAGGGGGAACCUGGAACCUCAGGGAACAGAGGACCGACGGGCAGACCAGGGAAAAGAGGUAAACAGGGAGGGAAAGGUGAUCCCGGUGUUGUUGGUCCUCUGGGUCCGGCAGGACCUCAGGGGCCCCCCGGCCACCCUGGUCCACCAGGUCAGCCAUCCUCAGGACUCUACUUGGUUGGAUCUAAAGGGGAAAGGGGGCUCCCAGGUCCCCCAGGGAGGUGCAGCUGUUCCUUCCCCAAAACGUCCUCUGUUGACGAGCAUAACUCUAGGAACAACUACGCCAAAGUACCAGCGAUAUUUGUGGUGAACAGUGGAGAAGAGCUGGAUCGUCUUCACACGGACAAUGCCCUCGCCUUCCGGAAAGAUCAGAGGAGGCUUUACUUUAAAGACGUCAAUGGAUGGCUGCCAAUUCUGCUGACCCCCUUCCAGUCUACGGAGAACGCCCCGGAACAGGAAGGUUACUGUGGCGACGGGAUUGUCCAGAUUCCCAACGGCGAGGAAUGUGAUGACGGAAACAGGAUUGUCACUGAUGGAUGCAUCAAGUGCAAACAUGCUUACUGCGGAGAUGGCUAUCGUUAUGACAGGGCAGAGGAAUGUGAUGGAAAGGAUUUUGGCUUUCAGACCUGCAACUCAUAUCUCCCAGGGUCUUAUGGUCAUCUCAGAUGCUCACCGUACUGUGUCAUCGACUCUACAAACUGCAAAUAUUUCACAUGAGGAGGAACCGGGACACGUCGGUGGGAUUCUUCAUGUCUUGUUUGCUUUGCGCUAAACAGGAUGUUGGUGAUGCAAAAAAAAAAAAGUAAAAACGAACACAAAAAAAUACUCUGAAGGAAGUGGUGUCAUACCAAUCCAUGACAAAAGGACUAAACCUAAAACACACACUAACUCCGUUGUAUUGCUGCUAAGACGCAUUUUAGCUCCCGAGGAGGUGGGGGGAGGGGCGGAGACUAGCCCCUCCCCCAGUCGCAGGAAACACACAGGGCGAUUACACUCUGUCUUAAAUAAAACUCAACACUGGACUGAAGAAGCUCCGCUAAUACUAUGCUGCACUUGAUAGGACCAGCCACUGGACACGAGGCGGACGAAUGAGAGACAGCCAGGAAGUGAAAACGGCCAGUGGGAGGGCUCUGAGAGACUCGUGGGCGGAGCCGGAAGCCAUAUUUACCUCGACGUAGCACUGUUAAAAAUUUCAGGAGAUCCAGGUCUGGACAUCCAGAAAAAGGGUACUGGGUGUUUUACUGCAACGUGAAUGACGUCAUAUAGUAUUUGCAUGAGGCUGUGAUUGCUGUGUGACCAUGGCAAUAGAUGUCACGACCUAGGCAUGUAACCAAUUACGAAUACUCACCAUUGCCGCCAAGAGCUGUGUACUGUAUUGUAGGUAGACUUCUCCAGUUGUACGCGUGGAGCAUUGUAUGUUAUCGUUUGAAUAUUCAGAACACGAGGGGCAUAUUUAGUCAGGAUGAUUCUGAGAGCCUUGUUCCUAGUACACUGUAGAGGAAGAUUCUCUGAGGCAUAUUGUAGUACCGCAAAGCUAAGAUGGCCUGUCGGAAUAGAAGCCAAGCCAAUAUGUCAGGAUCCCUUGCCUCCUGGCAAACCUGAAAAGACGCAACGUUAUCAAUGGAACCGCACUUCCUACUUAAGGCAGAAGGCCAGCUUUGCUUUGACCGUUGACAUUUCCAUGAUUUAACUCAGGAACUACUGAAAUAGUGUAGCUCUGAUAGCGUGGUUCUCACAGGCCUCCUUGGUCACAUCCAAUGUAGACCACAGGCGACACCACCAUGUUAGCGCAUCGCACUGAUCGACUGUUACGUUAUCUCCAUCUCCUCAGACACUGAAGUGCUAACUGUGUGAGUGGAUGGCUCGGUGGUGCAGCCACCCUAGGUAUGAGGGAGCACUUCGCCGUGUCACUGUCUGCGAAGAAUAUUGGAAGAUAUUAUUCAUGUGAAGGCUGGGCAAACUGUUAUUAAUAUUACAUGUUCUUAAAUCAUUUCCUCAUUGUAUUUUCAGGCAAAACAGGAACCGUUUUUAGCUGCUAUUUGGGUGGAAGUUGAUUCCAACAGAGAGAUGGGAUGUGAACCGCAAUGAUGUUCUAUGUCAGGGGCGUCAAACUCAUUCAGCCUUAACUUGGUUCCAGUAGGACAACACUAAAAAUAUCUUUCAAUCAGCAUUUAUUUUUUAAAAUAGUCCACUAUCCCUUUAAUUUGUAUUCUCCCUGUCUAGAUUUUAUUUCAGAGGUUAUUAACAAACUAGACAGUCCACAAAAUAUAUUAGGUUCAGGUCCAUCAUGAUUUCCACCCAGUUUGUGUUUACUUGUCCCUUUUAAGUAUCUCGAGUUUGUUUCCCUCAAACAGCGGGCCAUAUUGGACCUCUCUGGCGGGCCACAUCCAGCCCACAUGCCGCGAGUUUGACACCCCUGGUUUAUGACGUAUUAGUUAGGAAGCUCUAGGCACAUCUCUCUCUUUCUGUAGCUGUACUUCUCGAUACCUCCUAUCCCUAUCCAGCCUGCUUGCUUAAAUAACUACAGCAGAGGAUACUGCCAUACACAAUGGUGAACUUAACAGAAUAGGUGUAGUCUGCAUCUCUUGUGCACUGUCAAUAUUAUGAGAUUGUGUUAAGAUAAGCUGUUCCUUUCCAUAAGCUAUAGAUCGCAGUACAGAGGGAGACUGUAACCGUGAGAAGUAAUGCGAUUCUAGGUGAAUAUUGUUGCUAAUGUAUAAGUGGAUGUAUAAAUCUUGUCGUUUCACUGACUGUUCUUAUACUAGAUCUGCAUGUUUGUAGUCUGUAUCUUUCAAGUUCAAAAUGCAACCGAUUUGCCAAAGAAGGCUGUGACUGAAGCCUACAAGCUGUAUGUAAACCAUUAGCCAGAAUAAACUCUUGACCAU